GAGGCGGUGCAUGGUUCAAGCCACUGCAUGCUUGCAACAUUUCCCGGAACCUCAUCUCCGCAAUUAUUGAUACCCGCUGUUGAUCCGCGAUCCUACGCCCAGUAGCAACGUGGUUUCACGAGCCCGUUCCUGCCGAUUCCGAGACCAGUGAAGCCGAAGUUGACAAUUCCAAAUUUGUGAUUGGUCAGAGGUCAGCCGUAGGUCCCAUUGUAAACUGCAAUAACCGAGGAAGGUUUGCCUACCCAAUACAUGACGACGAGAAUCCUCGAUACGCCACCCUUUGCGAAUAGACAAUUCAACUCUAUCGGAGGAGAUUGCACGGCAUUUCUUUACUGUCAAUUGUCUGACCACAGCUCCAACUAAACAUUGCGAAGUUUGACUGUCCUUCUCCUCCGGUCCCAAUCGCAAUUGUACUUCCUCGAUUCGAUUAUUCGACAAGAUGGCUGCUCUUCGAUCUUCUUCCCGACUCGUCGGAGCCUUCUCAAGGACGGCUGCUCUCCGACCUGGUGCUGUCUUCACUCGUUCUAUGGCCUCAGUUAGCGAGCCUCCCAAGGACUCUGAUGCCAACCUCAAGUCUUUCCAAAUCUACCGAUGGAACCCCGAUACCCCCAGCGAGAAGCCUCGUCUUCAGACCUACACUCUGGACCUCAACAAGACUGGACCUAUGAUUCUCGAUGCCCUCAUCCGAAUCAAGAACGAGCUCGACCCUACUCUGACCUUCCGACGAAGUUGCCGUGAAGGUAUCUGCGGUAGCUGCGCCAUGAACAUCAACGGACAGAACACUCUUGCUUGCUUGUGCCGAAUUCCCACUGAGGCUGCUUCCGACGUCAAGAUCUACCCUCUUCCUCAUACCUACGUCGUCAAGGACCUUGUCCCUGAUUUGACACAUUUCUACAAGCAGUACAAGAGCAUUAAGCCUUACCUUCAGCGCGAUACCCCUGCCGAAGACGGCAAGGAGUACCGACAGACCAAGGAGGACCGCCGUAAGCUCGACGGUCUCUACGAGUGCAUUCUCUGCGCCUGCUGCUCUACCUCAUGCCCAUCUUACUGGUGGAACUCUGAGGAGUACCUUGGACCCGCUAUCCUUCUCCAGUCUUACCGAUGGCUCGCCGACUCUCGUGACGAGCGCACCGCCGAGCGAAAGACCAACCUCGAGAACUCGAUGAGCCUGUACCGUUGCCACACUAUCCUUAACUGUACCCGAGCCUGCCCCAAGGGUCUUAACCCUGGCAAGGCCAUUGCCGAGAUCAAGAAGCAGAUGGCUUUCGGCAGCUAGAUUAUCAAAACUACGAAUAUGUCGCGAAAACGAUGUGACGAUUGGAGGGAGAAGC